GCUCGUGGCGCCGCUCUUCAACCUUCAUGGCAAAAGCAAGGGUGGCAAGCAAGCCCCGAUUCCAGGCCUCGGUUAGUCGUGCGAGGUGCGAGAGUCGCGCGUGCUCGCGAGCUCGUUGUCAUCGCGCUUAUAUUUGUGCUCAUUGCCGCCGCCUCGAGGAGCAGGUGCGAUUAGAUCAGACGAAGAUUUAUCUCUCGUCCAUCCGACUGUCCGUUCGACUGAAUUGAAGCGAAUAGUGAUUCGAAACGAAGAGGACGAAGCGCGGCGAGCGACGACGAUGCCAGAAGACGAUACGCAGGACACGCAGCUGGAUUCUCGGUACGCGAGAUAGUGGAGGACAUCCGACGGAUAAUAGUGGCGAUAGUGACCAGUGAUUUCGGCGCGAUUAGCAGCGAUUAAUUGAUCAGUAUUCAAAACAAUGGGUUGGGCUCUUACUGGACUUGGAGUGGCUUUAGUCAUCGCUAUCGCUGCUGGUGCCACACUUGUCCUUUGCAGAAGAUAUUGCAUUGGAUGGCAAUUUGGCACCAGAAAUGUCUGGAGCGUUUGCGAGGAAUGGAGACAGAGGCUUUCCUGGCUUUGGGCACCGCGGGAAGAAAAAGUGGGAUUGGUAAAGGCUCAGCAUCCAACCGCUCAGACAAUACCAGGCCUAUAUCGCCAGACUGGGAAUGUCUCUCAACAUCUCUUGCAUAGCGAUAGCGACCUCCGGCUAGAUGCGCAAGGCGCCUUUACCAGAUUUGAGGCUGUCGACAGGGACUUACAUCCGCCUCUCGGCGGCAGCACGAUACCACCUCAACCAUUGCGGCCCGCUCCUCAACCACGACCGACCGCUCGUCCUAGGCCAUCGCCGCUCCAGACGCCAAGUACUGUCGAUUAUCUCAGGAUGCACGAAGCCGGUCCUGGUCCGUUGACGCCACCGCCGUCGUUGCAAAGAGGAUCGAUACGAUCGAGAGCCCCCGGUCCGUCCGUGUUUCUCUUUCAGAGCGAACCACCGAAGAAUCACGGUCCUUUCCAGUCGAUCGAGCGUCCCACCUUCGUGUUCGACAAUGGCCCCGCGAAAACGAUAGCGGAGAAUAUCCAAAUGACACCUUACGCUAAUCAAAACCACAUAGAUUCCAGAUCGAUCAGGCAAUUCGAGCCACCUUCCAAAGAGCCUUCAGCAUGGCUUAGAUACGGUAUAAAUCCACCCCUAGAGGACAAAUUAAAUGAUGAGAAUGUUAAUAGAAGUUACGGCAACUAUGAGAUCGUUCAGAAGAAUCACGUCUCGAGACCGUAUGCAAGAAACGAGCCUAGAGAGUUCCCGGAUAACUUCAACUCGACAAAUUCAUUGAACGCGACCAAUCAGAUGAUGAUGGAAUCGACAUAUGGGCCACAGACCGUUUCCAAAAUGCUUCAGAGCAGCGAGGAACUGAAUGGCGAUCUUAACCGAAAAAAUAGCGAUAUACAGAACAUCGAGAUGACUCCAUUCAAAAAUACCUCCGGCCAUCAAGAAAAUAUUGAUCCCUACAUAUUUCACAGCAGCCUUUCCAAGUCGCAUGAUCUUCAGCGAGUCUCGCAAUAUAUUCAGAGUUUACCCGAUCUUCCUGUCUACGAAUCCAUGAAUGAACUUCAAACACGCCCAAAUCGUGAACCAAUACUGUUCACAAGCGCAAUUCAAGGAUCAAUCGUAGACGAGACAAAGAUGGCGAGCGAAUCUGUCUCGAGUCCGAUACCACCACCACCACCCGCACCCCCGGAUCCCUCUCAGGAGAUCACGAAGAAAAGCAGCCCAACAACCGGUGAGAGAAUCUUCAGUGCGCUCAGAUCAGUUACUUCGCAAAGUUAUAUAGACGCUUCGGAAUUCUACAAUUCGUUACUCUCUUCAGCACAACAAGUACAACGAUUUGCGUUUCAAUCAACAUCACCAUCGUUUGACAACACUGAAGAUCAUUUACAAGACGCCGAAUAUCUGCAAGACAUGCGAGAUAUUUAUGCGGAAACCGACCCAGAUCUAACUGGCCUCGACGGAUCAAGACGAAGUUCUGACCUUUACAGCCCUGAAUUAAACCUUGAAGCUCACAGAACAGCGCAAGAAGUGUACAAUAGUCUACAAGAUCCACCAUCGUCUCCCUUAUUGGUUAAAGAUCACAAUCAUGAAACUUAUACUUAUUUAUCAGAUCCCAGUUUUACCCGAACAUCAGAGGAUAUUUUCAACAGCCUCGAGCAAAGACGUAAAAGUAUAGAAAGACUAAACGGCAUUCAUGAAUAUGUAGAACUUGACGCUGCCGACCCCUUGAGACGAAGAAACAGCCAGGAGCUCUAUGCCGCUUUGGAGGAGGUGCAAUUGAAGAGACGACUUUCACAGAGCUUGGAAGAAUCGUAUCUGAGUUACGCGAUGAACGAUCAUAAUAAUACUAGAUUGGGAAAUCGUCGAAGUUCACUAGGUCCUGAGCCAGAACCACCGCCCGAUGAAUCUACGUUAAAGAGAGCGAUCAGUUGCGAGAGCGUUUGUUCCGAUACUAGCGUCAAUCUAAACGAUCUGGAAGAAGCACCUAUCGUAGGUCACAUUUGUGUCGGACUCGAACACGAGAGAUGGGGUGGUCGCGGAAGCGAUUGUGAAGGCGAUCUAGCCGUAAGCGUUUUAGAAGCCAGAGAUCUUGUCUCUGCCGACGGCUCUCCUGCACAAGAUACUUUCGUUAGGGUGUGUCUAUUACCCGACAGACAGACUCACGUGCAAACGAGAAUUUAUAGGGGAUGUCCAUCGCCUAGUUAUCAGGAGAAAUUUUUAUUUCCUCUUGACGGUGGACCAGCAGGCAAAACGCUUCUUGUUGAGGUAUUUUCUGAUGAAUCUAACAUCGGUGGGGGCGCAUCUUUGAUCGGCGAAGCCAGUUUAAAGCUCGGGCCUGCGGCGAGACCGCCAGCUACGACUUGGCUACCACUCAGUGGGCCUGCCUUGCCCACUCCGCACCUAGGAGAAUUGAUGUUUUCUCUCAGUUACUUGCCAACAGCGGAGAGACUCACUCUCGUAGUAGUUAAAGCACGCAAUUUGCGCGGCGCGAAUUCAUCUCCGGGCGAUUUCUUCGUCAAGGUAUACCUGCUUCAACAAGGAAAAAAGCUGCAUAAAAAGAAGACAUCCGUGAAGAAAGGCGAGAAAAGUCCAAUCUUCAACGAGGCGAUAAUAUUCAGUGUGCCAGCGCAAGCUUUACAGACUAUACAGCUGAGAUUAACAGUGGCGGAAUUAAAUGGAGAUCAAGGUACAAAUCCAAAAGCGUACUCUGUAGGACACAUUAUUGUAGGAUCUACCUCGACGGGAAAAGCACUGGCUCAUUGGAGACAAAUGUUAACGGCCUUACGGCGUCCGGUCGCUAUGUGGCAUCCUCUCAGGAAGUAGAAACUGAACCGUUCAGUUCCGUUCAGUGAACAAUGAAAGAGUCUUAAAGUACUUUUGAAAUAUCAUGUCGUAUAAAAUUCUAUGUCACAUACUCAUUCUCUGAUGUAUUUAGCGUCGAGAAGAGGGUAUGCAUAUGUAUAAUCUAUGUAAAAUAAGAUAAAAUCUCGCAGAGAUGUGCAUUACAAGCGCGUCUCAUCUAUCGACUGUUAACGGUCAUUCAGACCACUGUAUGGCAAUAUGUGCGAUAUUGUUGAUGACGGAAUUUAUGAGCAAAAUUGUAUACACACUACAGAAUCACAUGAUCCAAAAGUAAUUAUCACGAUUAUUUAGGCGAUUAAUACUGAACGCAUCGUUAAGCAAGUUUGGGCUCCAAAAUAAUCCGCGCCAUCGUUUAAGUAAAUCGUGAUGUGACAAUUAGAAUGAUUCAUCGGCAAUUUUUAAAUUACUUAAGAAACUAACAAAUUGCAAUCAAUAAUAACAAUUAAAAGUUCCUUUUAAAUAGAGAACUAAGAUCUAUUUAAAGGGAUUCAACGCAAUCGACUGAAAUGCGAUAUAAAAUUUAUGUGUUCUGUUACAUAUCUCUUUUUAAGCAAUUAACUUUUUUAAAGCCAUGAAUUCGAUUUAGAUCCUUUUUACGAAUACUUCAACAGUAAAUUUUUCUCUUAGAAAUUAAAAAUUAUUACAAAUGCUUAAUAAUAGUUGAUAUGAAAAUCGAUCAUGUUUAACA